UUAAACCCUCGGAUGCUGAGAGCUAUGGCUCUGCCGCUGCUGCCGGGCUACUCCUUCAACCGCAACGCCGGAAAGGAGAAGUUCCACAAAUCUCAACAUUUGGUCUUUUGCAACGGUUUUCGGACGGUGACGACUGAAGAUAAACCUGGAAUCGGUGGAGAACCGCUUUUUGGGCAAAAGACGAAGCCUAAAUACAGUGCAUUCCCUAAAGGAAUAGGAACCCCUCAACCAUCCUGGGUUGCUUUUGACAAGCAGGUAUUAUCUUUUGAUGCCUAUUCAGAGGAUGAAGUGCCUCUGACCAAUCAAGAAAAAUAUAUAAUAAGACGCUAUAAAAUCCUCUUUUACCUCGAAGAUGACACAGUUGAAGUAAGUGAACCAAAGAUGACAAAUAGCGGACUGCCUCAAGGGACUUCUAUCCGGCGCCAUCGGAUUUCUCUCCCACCUCCGCACGAGGAUCAGUUCUAUACCGUGUAUGAUUUCAAUAUCAACAAAGAUGUUGUCUUUUAUGGCCGGACAUUCAAGAUUUAUGACUGUGAUACAUUCACAAAGAACUUUUUGACGAAGCUAGGAGUCAAACUAAACCCUCCAGGGCAGUGUCCAGAAGAUCCUUACGAGAAGAUGCGGAGAGAGAGGAUAGACCGCAGGGAGCCGUUACGUCCCCAUCAGCCUGUUGAUACGCUGAAACAGUUUCUGCAGUAUAAUGGGAAGGUUUUACGUUUUUUCUGCCUGUGGGAUGACUCCACCUCGCAGUUCGGGGAACGUAGAGAGCUCAUUCUGCAUUACUUUCUGUGUGAUGAUACCAUUGAAGUCAAAGAAGUGGUGCCAUACAACUCAGGCCGGGAUACCGUAUCGCUGUUACUCCGGAGGAGCAAGCUCCCCAAGUAUGGCCCGCCUGGAGUCCAUCAGCCAGGUCAGAUAACAAAUCGAGUGGCUCUUAACAUUUAUAGUGGCCCGGAAGAGAAACGCACGAACGACAUCGUUUUGGAUAGAUGCCAGCUAGGAAAAGUAGACCAGGAGUUUUAUAAAGAUAGUGACCUGUUCAUAGGAGCCACCAUCAACGUGUGGGGAAGGAAAGUGCUUCUUUGCGACUGUGAUGAAUUCACGAAGACUUAUUACAAGACUAAAUAUGGAAUUGAGAACUUCACCCCGAUUGCACAAAAGGCUCCGCCUCCUCCACGCAAGGCUCCGCCUCCUCCAAAAAUAGAAAGGAAAAUUCCACCUUAUAACGGCUUUGGUUCUGAAGAGGACUCUCUCCGCACCUGCAUAGGCCUCGUGCCCACGCCUCCCAAGAGGGGCUUUAAGAAGUUCAUGGAGAGAGACCGGUGCAAUACACUCCGCUUUUUUGCAAAACUGAUCACUAACAAAUGUGUGGACCAGGACAGGAGGUUUAUUAUUUCGUACUUCCUCGACGAUGAUACGCUUUCAGUGUUUGAACCUAUACAGAGGAACUCAGGGUUUAUCGGUGGGAUGUUCUUGAAAAGAAGCCGUGUGAAGAAGUAUGGACAAGAAGUCUUCAAAAGUGAACCCUCUGAAUACAUCGAGGCCGAGGAGCUGUAUAUUGGAGCUAAAGUGAACCUGAAUGGCCACCUGUUUCAUGUGCUCAACGCUGACGACUAUACCUUGCGCUACAUGGAGGAGAAUUUGGAUAAGUAUCCUAUGAGCAACAUUGAACUUGUUCUACCGAAGCUGAAAGAACAGUUAACAUCCACUGAUAUCAAGCAGAUAUUUAGAAAGGCUGACCCUAACUUUACAAAGACUCUGGAUUGUCAUACAUUCAGAGACAUCGUAAUGACUCUAACCGCUGGGAGACUCACAGAUCAUGAAGUUCUAACCCUUGUACAUCACUACGGAGUGCCCAAGGACACAAUUUCUGAUACAAACAUCCUAAUUGCACAGGCCCACAAAGAACUCAAGAAAAAUUCUUUUGACAAUUUUGAAAGACUCCUUGCUAUUUGUAUAUAUGAAGAUCGAGAAAAGAAAAAAGUAUUACCCACCAAAGACAUCAGAAGGCUGUGCAAAUCCUUCCGGUUACCUGUGACUGAUGAUCUCCUGAGACGCAUCCUGUCCAGGUUUGAAGACAGCAAAAAACAAAUAAAUUAUGAGUUAUUCUUCAAUGCCCUGAACUGGAAAGUGAAUCUGAUAUCCCCGUCGGAAGGAAUGUCAUUCACUAAAAAGAGAUGUGAAGACGAGUGGCUCGGGACGCCAUCACCUAUUCCUGAGAAACGCGUUGACUAUUUUAGACUUUUAAAGGAGAUGUUUGGCAAAGAUGAAGAGUAACAUAGGCCAAUUUUGGUCAGCCCCCUUUAAUUCCCUGCCCUAGUUUCUGUAAGUUUAUUUAACCAGAUAUAGUUUUAUUAAAAAAAAAGAAAAGAAAAAACAAGGCUCAUAUUGAAUUGAAAUCCAUAGAUCACAAUUUCCUUUUGUCAUUUGCGUAUUUCAGAACAUCGUAUUAUACUGCUAAUGUACUGGCAUGAUUAAAAAUGCUAUUUAGGGGCACCUGGG